UUAACAGUUAAAAACUUGUUUCCAAAAAAGUUUUUAAUGUUAAUUUCAUUCAGUGCCUCACAUAUGGUUAACAUUUGAUUUACUAUGAAAUUCAUGUUAUGCCUAAAAUCCCAUACGUUUUGUGUAUAGCUAUUGAAUGGUGUGAAAGAUGGCAAUCGACGACAACCCGCGUGAAGACAUAUAUUACCCGAACGAUGAGUUCCGCAAAGAGGCCCACAUCUCAAGUCUCGAUGAAUACCGCAAACUGUAUAAGAAGUCCAUCGAAGAUCCCGAAACCUUUUGGAUGGAUAUCGCGAAGGAGUUCUAUUGGAAGCGAUUGCCAAACAAAGACUUGGUUUCCUAUAACUUUGAUGUAUCCAAAGGACCCAUUUGUGUGAAAUGGUUAGACGGCGCCCUCACCAACAUGUGCUAUAAUGUGUUGGACAGGGUUAUUGAUAAGGGACUGGGCGAUCGAGUUGCCUAUUACUGGGAAUCAAAUGAUGACAAUUCGCACCGAAUAGUCACAUACAAUGAUCUCCUGCGAGAUGUCUGUAGGUUUGCAAAUGUGCUCAAGAGUUUGGGUAUCAAAAAGGGGGACAGAGUUGCGAUCUAUAUGUCGGUGACCAUCGAGUUGGUGGUUGUCAUGCUGGCCUGUGCCCGGAUCGGUGUCAUUCACUCAGUUAUAUUCGCCGGGUUUUCGGCCGAAGCCCUGGCCGACCGUAUAAUGGAUGCCAAUUGUAUACUAUUAGUGACGGCCGACGGCGCCUACAGAGCAAACAAAUUCAUACCAUUGAAGUCCAUCGCCGAUUCAGCGCUUGAAAUAUGCAAAAGAUUGAACCACAAAGUGAUAGCUAGUAUAGUGAACCCACACCUAAAAUUAUAUACAACUCAAGAUAUGAACAAUAAUCCGAUCAUUAAUUGGGACCCAAAAGUGGAUAUACUGUGGAACGACAUCAUGAAAAGUGUUUCCGAUUCGUGUGAACCCGAGUGGAUGGAGGCCGAGGAUCCACUUUUCAUACUAUACACGAGUGGAAGUACGGGAAAGCCUAAAGGGAUCGUUCACACGAUCGGCGGUUAUUUGCUCUACGCUUACGUAACAUUCAAAUAUGUAUUCAAUUACACGGAGGGAGACGUGUUUCUCUCGACGGCCGACUUGGGAUGGGUUACGGCCCACACGUUCAGCGUUUACGGCGCGCUCGCCAACGCCUGCUCUAUAGUGCUGUUUGAAGGCACGCCUGUCCACCCAAACCCCGGACGCCUCUGGAAUAUAAUCGACAGGUUAGGCGUUAAUAUCUUCUAUACGGCGCCGACUACUAUCCGAUCGCUCAUGAAGUUUGGCGACCAUUACGUCCGGCAAUACAGACGCGAUUCACUCAAAGUGUUGGGCACUGCGGGCGAACCCAUUAAUCCCGAGGCCUGGUAUUGGUUCUGGGAUGUGGUCGGCAACCAAAAGUGUCCCGUUGUUGACAACUACUGGCAAACGGAAACGGGCGGACCUAUGAUAACAUGCCUGCCGGGCGCCACUCCUAUGAAACCGGGUUCGGCUACCCUUCCGUUCUUUGGUGUGAUUCCGGCGAUACUGGACGGGGAGGGCAAUGAGCUGAAGGGCGCCGCCGCGGGACAGUUGGUGUUCAAGAAGCCGUGGCCCGGCAUCGCCCGCACCAUAGAUGGCAAACACGAAUCGUAUGAAAUGACUUACUUUCAUAAGUUUAGGGGCUUUUACUGGACGGGCGAUGGCGUCCAGAGGGACUCCGAUGGCUACUAUUGGAUGACCGGCCGGAACGACGAUACGCUCAACGUUUCCGGUCAUCUCUUGUCGACCGUAGAGGUGGAGACGGCUAUCGUAGAGCACCGGGCGGUGGCCGAAGCGGCCGCUGUGUCGGCCCCGCACGCCAUCAAAGGGGAAAGCAUUCACGUGUUUGUCGUUUUGAAUAACGGCUACGAAUUGACCGCAGAGUUGGAGACGGAUAUCAAACGCAGAGCGAGGGAUAGGAUCGGAGCGCUGGCCGAACCCCAUGUGAUCCGAGCGGUCAGUGGACUCCCGAAGACUAAGUCGGGGAAAGUUAUGCGAAGAAUACUCCAUAAGAUUACGAGAAAUGACAGGGAAUUGGGCGACACCUCCACUAUGGCUGACGAGACCAUUCUCGACCAACUCUUCACUAUCUCUGGCAUUAAACGUUGAAAAUAACAACACAUUUAUGCAUUCAUUCACUGCAUAUGUAAUCAAGA